AGUACCCACAAAUUGCAGUCAAACUCUCCUUUAUAAGCUAUCUCUCCCUCGUCAGCCUCUCUCGCACACACACACAAUUCAAAUCCUCGUCUUCGUCCCCUGUCUUUUAAAACAUUCAUUACUCUGUUCCCUCAAUUAAACAAUGGCUUCUCCUUCUCCCCUGUUUCUGCUCUGCUUCAUGCUCUGCAUUUCACACUCAUAUCAAAUGGUCCUACUCCCCUUAACACACUCAAUUUCCAAAUCCCAAUUCAACAGUACCCACCACCUCCUCAAAACCACCUCAACCCGUUCAGCAGCACGCUUCCAACACCACCACCACCGCCACCAACAACACCAACUCUCUCUGCCACUUUCUCCGGGAAGUGACUACACCCUGUCCCUGAACUUCGGUGGCUCCCAACCCAUAACCCUCUACAUGGACACCGGCAGCGACCUCGUGUGGUUCCCCUGCGCUCCCUUUGAGUGCAUGCUCUGCGAAGGAAAACCAGACACGCCCAAACCCGCCAACAUCACAAAAGCCCACACCGUUUCCUGCCAAUCCCCUGCAUGCUCCGCCGCACACUCUUCCAUGCCCCACCGUGAUCUCUGCGCUAUAUCUCACUGCCCCUUAGACUCAAUUGAAACCUCUGAUUGCUCCAAAUUCACAUGCCCCCAGUUUUACUACGCUUAUGGCGACGGAAGCUUCAUCGCUAAACUCUAUCACCAAACGCUCUCAAUAUCUUCUCUCUCGCUUAAGAACUUCACCUUUGGCUGUGCCCACACCGCCCUCGCCGAACCCACCGGCGUCGCCGGCUUCGGCCGUGGUCUUCUGUCACUCCCUGCUCAGCUCGCUACCUUCUCACCCCAACUGGGUCAUCGCUUUUCUUACUGUUUGGUCUCUCACUCUUUCGACGGAGAGCAAGCUCGGCGACCGAGUCCACUCAUUCUCGGACACCACGACGGUGCUGGUGCUGGGGAAGAAAAACCAUCUGAGUUUGUGUACACCUCCAUGAUUGCGAACCCCAAGAACCCUUACUACUACUGUGUGGGGCUAGUCGGAAUCUCUGUCGGGAACAGGAUUCUUCCGGCGCCGGCGAAGCUGCAGAGCGUUGACAGCAAGGGGAACGGCGGUGUGGUGGUUGAUUCCGGCACCACGUUCACGAUGUUGCCGGCGAGUUUGUACAACGCGGUGGUGGGUGAGUUCGACCGCCGAGUCGGGCGAGUCCACAAGCGAGCGAGUGAGGUUGAGGACAAAACGGGUCUCGGGCCGUGUUAUUAUUUGGACGGGUUGGUACAGGUGGUGCCCACAGUGACGUUGCAUUUUGUGGGGAAUAAUUCCAAUGUGGUGCUCCCUAGGAAGAACUACUUCUAUGAGUUUAUUGACGGCGGUGAUGGUGUGAGGGCGAAGGGGAAAGUGGGGUGUAUGAUGCUGAUGAACGGUGGUGAUGAGUCUGAGUUGGAGGGUGGGCCCUGGGCCACGCUUGGGAAUUACCAACAGCAAGGGUUUGAGGUUGUGUACGAUUUGGAAGAGCAGCGCGUGGGUUUUGCUAAGAGACAAUGCGCGUCGCUUUGGGAUAGCCUCAACCAUGACAAAAACUAGUGUCUACUGCGUAACACUGGAUUACUCCCUCCCUCUCAAUGGGGUUAAAGUCACGGGUCGGAUCCAUUGUAAAUGGGAAUAAGGUGGCGGGUUGGGUCCUGGCUCCGUUUUCACAGAGUCUGCGCUCUUUUGAAUAUUGCUGUACAUUUGUACUUAAUAAUUAGCAGGUAGGAGUUUCUUGUUAUUUUACAUUUUGUAAAAUGUUGAUGGCAUUUUGUAUGUAGUUCAAUUUUGUUUUUAUCAUAAUGUUAUUGUAUUAUUACUCUUCA